GGAAAAGUGCAGAGAGAAAGAGACAGGCAACGUCAUUGCAAGAAAGGACAGCCACAUCGUCAGAGUAAGAGAGUAUUUAAAAAAAGAGAGAGAGAGAGAGAAAGGCGUUUGGAAAUCUAAACCUAAGCAUCAAGCCUAAGACUGAAAAAAAAACUGGGUGCAGAAAAAUUGCCUGGAUUUGUUGUUUUUUUCUUUUCUUUUCCGGAGGCAGAAGAAAGGAAAUCUACUGGAAGGAGUGGAGCUGAUGGUCGUGGGGGUGGUACUGGGGGGGAGUUUGUAGAAUUUUGUGUAAAAAAGUUUCUUGAAGGAAAUCAUGCAAGCAGAUGCUGCCAGAGCUGGUGUCAGGUUUCAGAAAAUGAGGGCCGAUAGCAGAAACACUGCCACAGGGACCAUCCAGCUGGGAAAGGUGUGUAGUGACAAUGCCAGUUGCUAACACAAUGACUGCCGGUAGGGCGGUGCUGGUGAGCAGGAACUUUGAAAAUUGUAAUUCCCAGACUACUGACAGGCUUCAGUUUUGUGGUGUGAGGAGAGGGGAGAUUUUGGCUGCAAUUGUUUUGGACUCAGGCCUCCAGUUGGAAGGGGAGACCAAGACCCCGCUUUCCUCCUUGGACAAUCUGACUGACACUCAGGGACACACCACCAUGCUGACCCAAAAGCAUAAGGAUGCGAACCAUCAAGCCAGCGAAAACGGGCUGACUGGCAGCAACAAGUUUGCCAAAAAACUGCCUGCUAACAACAAGCUGGGCCUCAAGAGCAAGGCCAGUAUACGAGACAAGAUCUCACAAUGGGAGGACAAAAAGGAGGUCCCAUCCCCACUUCUGACCAGAAAAGAGCCAGAAACGGUAAAGAAAGAGGCGAUAAAGACCUCUGAGGUCCGGAGGGGAAAUAGCAAAAGAUUUGUGGACUGCGAGAAGGAGGACCCGGGGAAGGAGAACUCAAGAAAGAACAGGGAUUUGAGGUCUAAAAUCCCACAGGCACCUGUGAAAAAGGAGAGUAAAUUAGAAAAGGGGAUUAGCGAGAAGCCAUGUGCAAAUGUCUGGGACAAUAAGUCUGUUCUGACUCACAUCAAGAAGCUGGAGCAGGCCUUGAAGGAAGGACCCAGCCAGCCUCAGUUGGUGAUGCCAGGCAAUUACUUCUGUCCUGCCAAGGAAGAAGAAGCGGAGGAGAGGGAAAGGGUGCCAACAGAGCCCAUUUUUGGGACGCUGGAGGUGUUGAGGCCUGGCAGCAGGAUGAGUGAUCAGGAAAAUGUCUACACUGAACCAGGAGCCCCCUCCAUCAACCCUCUCCCCAAGCCUCAGCGCACUUUUCAGCACGACGGGCCAGGGUCUCCCUCCCACACAGCACCGGGGCUAGGGAGGGGGAGGAGGAACUUACCUCCACUGCCUUCUAUCCCUCCACCACCUCUCCCCACCUGCCCUCCCCCCAACAUCAGCAGGAGAGUCUGGGCAGACAGACAUAGAAACAAUGCUAACAACAGGAAGUCGUACGAGUUUGAGGAUGUUCUUCAGUCUUCGACGGAAGGUUGCCAGGUGGACUGGUAUGCCCAGUCCAAACUGUCUCUUACACGCACUUUAUCAGAAGAAAAUGUCUACGAAGACAUCCUAGACCCCCCUUCAAAGGAAAACCCCUAUGAAGAUAUUGAGACAGAGAGCCGCUGUGUGGGGAAUAAGUGUAUUCUGCCCCUCUCAUCGCCUUUAUCUGCCCCUGGCACCCCCUCUAAGCUCCCCUCCAAGUCGGGUUUCUUCCGGCAGAACUCAGAGCGACGCAGCUUCAAGCUGCUUGACCUGCGGAAGACAAAUCGCGAGGGUGCGUGUUCCCCCUCCAGAGUCAGCCCCCCCUCCACCCCCAGCAGUCCUGAUGACACCCCCUGCCUUUCGGGAGACCCCAACAACCGGCGCCGCAGGAAGAUCCCAAAGCUGGUGUUGAAGAUCAACGGUAUUUACGAAGCCCGCCGAGGGAAGAAGCGCAUGAAGAGGGUGUCUCAAUCCACAGAGUCCAGCUCUGGCAAAGUUACAGAUGAGAACAGUGAAUCUGAGAGCGACACAGAAGAGAAGCUGAAAGCUCAUAGCCAGCGGCUGGUGCACGUGCAGUCCAUGCUGAAGCAGACAGGCCGCUACCGCACCCAGGAGAGGGACCUGCUGGACCUGCCGGAGCGCAAGCUGUUCGAGUACUUCCUGGUGGUGGCGCUGCACAAGAAGCAGGCAGGGGUGCCGUACCUUCCUGAGGUCACACAGCAGUUCCCACUCAAGCUGGAGCGAGGCUUCAAGUUCAUGCGCGAGACGGAGGACCAGCUGAAGGUGAUCCCCCAGUUCUGUUUCCCCGAUGCCAAAGACUGGGCGCCAGUGCAGAACUUUGCCAGUGAAACCUUCUCGUUCGUGCUGACUGGAGAGGAUGGGAGCAGGAGAUUUGGAUACUGUCGACGUUUACUGCCCAGUGGAAAGGGAAGGCGACUGCCAGAGGUGUACUGUAUUGUGAGCCGGUUGGGGUGCUUUGACCUGUUUUCAAAGAUCCUGGAUGAGGUGGAGAAGAGGAGGGCGAUCUCCCCAGCUCUCGUCCAGCCCUUUAUGAGAAGCAUCAUGGAGGCGCCGUUCCCUGCGCCUGGCAGGACCAUCACCGUCAAAAACUUCCUCCCUGGCUCAGGGACCGAGGUGAUCGAGCUGUGCCGCCCAUCGGACUCGCGGCUGGAGCAUGUGGAUUUCGAGUGCCUGUUCUCCUCACUGAACGUGCGGCUGCUGGUUCGAGUGUUCGCCUCUUUACUGUUGGAGAGGAGGGUGAUCUUCACUGCCGACAAGCUGAGCACGCUGUCUCAGUGUUGCCACGCUGUUGUUGCCCUGCUGUACCCCUUUGCUUGGCAGCACACCUACAUCCCGGUGUUGCCACCCUCCAUGAUUGACAUUGUCUGCACCCCCACCCCCUUCAUCGUGGGCCUGUUGUCCAGCUCCCUGCCCCGGCUCAAAGAGCUACCCAUUGAAGAGGUCCUGGUGGUUGACCUUUGUAACAAUCGGUUCUUGAGACAGAUGGACGACGAGGACUCGAUCUUGCCCCAUAAACUGCAAGCAGCCCUAGAACACGUACUAGAGAAGAGGAAGGAGCUAGCUUGCGAGAAAGGAGAGCCUUCAUUGCAUGACUCAAGCUCUUUGAGUGUGGUAGUGUCGGAGGCCAUUGUGCGUUUCUUUGUGGAGAUGGUAGGGCACUACUCGCUGUUCCUGGGCCCGGGGGAGCGUGAAGAUGAGGGGGCUGUGUUCCACCGCGAUGCCUUCCGCAAGGCCAUCUCCUCCAAAAGCCUACGCCGCUUCUUGGAGGUCUUCAUGGAGACGCAGAUGUUCGCCGGCUUCAUCCACGACCAGGAUCUGCGGCGGCAGGGACUCAGGGGUCUGUUUGAAGUACGAGCCCAGGAUUACCUGGACUCCCUUCCAGGCAGCGAGCAGAGUGGAGUUAAUAAAUUCCUCAAAGGCUUAGGUAACAAAAUGAAGUUCCUUUCCAAAAAAUGAUUUAAAGCAUCAACGAUAACCAACAUCACCAAGAAUAAUGAAUACUCCCAUACUCUGAGGAAAAGCUUUUUGUUUUUCCAGGAUAGAAUAAAAUAAACAAGAAUAAUUACAUGAUAGAAUAAAGCUUCACCUCAGACUGGAUUCUAUUCAGUAACUAAAACGUUCAAAUACCGAGCAGUGAAAAGCUGAAGGAUACCGCAGUCUGGGUUGUGAGGGACUCCUAUAACUGCUGAGCAAAUCUUAAACCAGGGGGUUCAACAGUUCUGCACUUGAGCCUGAGGAUCCUGGUUUAUAACCUACCCAGAGUGUUUCAGUGCAGAGUCAUCCAGUGCUGUUCCUGUGAUGCGGUACUGAGUUUAACUGAAUGCUAAAGGAGUGUCUAUUCAGCUGGAGGAUGUGAUGUUGUUACAUUUCAAAAACUGCACUGAAUCUCCAGACCUGCUUACAUUCCCCAACAGGAGACCCAAUUUUAUAUCUAGACCUUCUGGGACACAGAAAACCUACCCUAAAGACAGUGUCUUUUGAACCAAAUGAAACAAUUACUUCUAACCAAAAGGGGAUCUUCCAGAAUAAUUGCUCCUUAAGUGGCUAAUAAACAGGAUUGCUUCUGUUAAAACAGGAGGCUCAUAUGUAAUUUUUGUUUUGGCUUGUUGGCAGCAUAUAUAUUUUUGUCUAGUAGUUUGCAUUGUUUUUUUUUUUUUUUACUGCUUUUAUUUGUAAGGGUUAAGUGCUAUUUUGAUAGGUUGACCACUUUAAAACACUACAGGCCUGUACCACUACACAGGAAGGGGGCUGGUGAAGGGAUAAAUGGAACUGUCUGUUUUAGAAUGUACUAUAAAGACAAGGAAGGACAGUUGUGGAACAUUUUUGUUUUUGUUUGAAAUGUGGAUUUUAUCAAGACUGAUCUGUGGAAUAUUUCAAAAUAUUGAAGGAUGUAACCUUUGGGCUACUGGCAUGUGAUUUUGAAAGCCUGGGAGAAGAUUUAGGAACUGUUAAUCACCCCAUUUCAGAACAUUUUAUGAAGGGUGAAUAAACUGUGCACAAUUCCGUUUUGGAAUGGCAUCUCCAAAGAACUUGUUUAGUUUUGUAAAACCAAGUGCAAAGUAGAGACUUUUAUUAAAACACCACCAGAUGUGCAUUUGAAGAAAAAAAAAAAAUCUGUAUUAAAUAAGCUUUUUUUUUUUUUUUUUUU